UUCCGGGCUGGUAGCGCUGCCCCGGCGAUUUCUCUGAUUUACAAUUUUAUAUUUGUUUUUAUAAAAGACUACCAGUUGUGAUUUGUUCCAAAGAUUCCGCAUUAACAGUUAAUGUUAAUAUACCACCAGAGGCUUACGGCUGCGAGAAGAUAAUCCAGUGGAGUUGACCCCGGAGCCAGACAUAGCGGUGAAGGAGCAGAGAGAAAGCAGAGCUGCAGCGGUUCCCUCGGAGCUAAGCGAUCUGGUUUGCCUGGCUGUACAAUAGAACUACAACCUGCAACCUGAAGUGUUUGCAGCAAAUCCGAAAAACCGACCAGACCAGAGUGUGUCGUUGCUCUUAGAGAUCAGCUUCAGCGCAGACUUCAUCCUCAAAGAUGAAGUUAAAGGAAGACAUGAACCCCUUACUGCUGCAUGUAUUCCGCUCUGUGGUCUGGGUUUACUCCUUCAUCACCUUCAUACCCUGGUAUUUCUUCUCUGGGGCUGGCACCAAUUUGGAACGAGCCCGCCGGAUCAAGGCUCAUUCAAUCAGCGGAAGCCGUGCAGGACCUUACAGAGCUGUCAAUAGCCAAGACAAGUUGGUGGUUUGGCUUCAACCUGGGGUGGACACUGUGGACAAAAUGUUUGAGUAUGCUGCAGGAAGAUUUCCACAGAGAGACUGCCUGGGGACCAGAGAGGUGCUCAGUGAGGAGGAUGAACUCCAACCUACUGGGAAGGUGUUCAAAAAGGUAAUUCUAGGAAAUUAUAACUGGCUUUCAUAUGAGGAAGCCUACCAAGCAGCUAAGUGCUUUGGCAGUGGUCUGACAGCACUUAACCAAAAGCCUCAGUGUAACAUCGCCAUCUUCUGUGAGACAAGAGCGGAGUGGCUUAUCGCAGCCCAAGCCUGCUUCAUGUAUAACUUCCCACUUGUUACUCUGUACUCUACUCUUGGGCCUGUGGCCAUUGCUCAUGGCUUGAAUGAGACAGAAAUCACACACAUCAUCACAAGCAAAGACCUGCUUCAGAGCCGUCUCAAGGCUAUUCUGUGUGAUGUGCCAAGACUGCAAUACAUCAUUGUGGUGGACAGUAAACCCACAAGCUGGCCAGACGUUCCCAAAGGCAUCACAGUCUAUAACAUGGAUGCUGUGAAGGAGCUAGGAUCCAAGCCUGAUAAUAUUGCAGUAAACCGCAGACAACCGGAGCCCUCGGAUAUUGCUGUUAUCAUGUACACCAGCGGCUCCACAGGCAUCCCCAAGGGUGUCAUGAUCUCCCAUGGCAACCUCAUCGCUGGCAUCACAGGCAUGGCUGAGCGUAUUCCCAACCUCAAUGAGACAGACACGUUCAUUGGCUACCUCCCAUUGGCCCAUGUUUUAGAGCUCAGUGCAGAACUGGUGUGCAUCUCUCACGGCUGUCGCAUCGGUUACUCCUCCCCUCAGACUCUAGCCGACCAGUCUACUAAGAUCAAGAAGGGCAGUAAAGGGGAUACUAGUGUGCUGAAACCUACUCUCAUGGCUGCUGUACCAGAAAUCAUGGAUCGGAUCUACAAAAGUGUAAUGACCAAAGUGGAGGGAAUGAGCAAAUUUCAGAGGACACUCUUUGUGUUGGCUUACAACUACAAGAUGGAGCAGAUAUCCAAGGGUUAUAACACGCCGCUUUGUGACAGCCUGGUGUUCAGACGAGUGCGGGGACUCUUGGGAGGUAACACAAGGGUGCUCCUUUCUGGCGGAGCUCCGCUAUCGGCCGCCACACAGCGCUUCAUGAACAUCUGUAUGUGCUGCCCCGUGGGACAGGGCUACGGACUGACAGAGACCUGUGGAGCUGGCACCAUCAGCGAGAUGUGUGACUACAGCACUGGACGAGUCGGUGCACCGCUGGUUUGUUCCGAGAUCACGCUGAAAGACUGGGAAGAGGGAGGUUACUACAGCACAGACAAGCCCAACCCACGGGGAGAAAUUUUGAUUGGUGGACCCAAUGUAACAAUGGGUUACUACAAAAACGAGGGCAAGAAUCACCAGGACUUUUUUGUGGAUUUGAAUGGCCAGAGAUGGUUUUGCACUGGAGACAUUGGGGAAUUCCACCCUGACGGAUGCCUAAAAAUCAUUGAUCGUAAGAAGGACCUGGUGAAACUGCAAGCAGGAGAAUAUGUCUCUCUUGGAAAAGUGGAGGCUGCUCUGAAGAACUGCCCCCUCAUAGACAAUAUAUGUGCCUAUGCCAACAGUGAUCAAUCAUAUGUGAUCUGCUUUGUGGUGCCCAACCACAAGCAGCUUAUGGCACUAGCGGAGCAAAGGGAAGUAAGGGGCACAUGGGAAGAGAUCUGCAACAACGGCCAAAUGGAGAAGGAGGCUCUCCAUAUCGUUACUGAUGCUGCAAUCUCAGCUAAACUGGAGCGAUUUGAGAUUCCCAAGAAGAUUCGUCUGAGUGCUGAACCCUGGACACCAGAGACCGGCUUGGUCACUGAUGCGUUCAAACUGAAACGCAAAGAGCUCAAAACACACUACCAGGAAGACAUUGAGAGGAUGUACGGUGGAAAAUAACACAUGCAUACACUCCAAACAACACAUACACAAGGAGCUCAAAGGCCGCUACCAAGACUACUUCAAAGGGUCUUAUCCUUUAGACACAGGUAAAAUAUACAUAUACAGUACACACAUUACUACAAAUACACAAAGAACCUUGUCCACGUCCUCCUCAGCUUAUCUACAACCACCUUUGAUCAAAGCGUGGGGUGGGAUCUUGAAUCCAGCUUAAUGCAGUCGGUCAAGAUCAACAACAGAAAGGGCCCUCACAGACAACUGAACCAGCCCGGCGUGCUCGCUGUGAUGCACUAACAGCUCUUCUUUGAUGGAUUUUACCCUUUGAGUUGCUAUGACUACAUAGGCGGCGCAUGAAGUCAGACUUUUCUAUGACUCCAAGUGGAACGAAUGUCCGGAUAGACGUUGCUUCUGUUCCUCCUGUUCCUCCUCUCCUGCUCUGUGGAGCACGCUGCCCGUACAGCUCGGUUGUGGACAUGUGGCGCAGAUACUUAGCAGAAACAUGAAGGUAGCAUAAGCUUGACAGGAAUCCCUCCUGGGCUCUAAUUGACUUUCAGGUUGGAACAUGUGCAGGGAUCUUAAUUAAUUAAUGAUUUUUUCUUUUCUUUUUUUUUUUUUUUUUUUUUAAAUCUGCGUUGCGAUGUUUCCUUUAUGCUUUGUCAGCUUUGGGUCUCGUUUUGAUGAGUAUUUUUCUGUAUGAUGAAUUGCUGUUGCAAAGCCAUGAGAGAUUGAGCAUUAAGGUGUUUUCAAAUACAUUUUCUUACUGUCAAUGGUAUUACUCUGAGGGGUUUUAGUUCUUUUGUAUGCUUUUUUUUUUAUUUUCUUGUUUAUACUAAUUGUAUUUUAAUGAGCUUUGGUUACAAACUUUCUUUUUUUUUUUUCCUCCCUAUGUUCCUUGUGUCCUGACAUUUGCACGUUUUGAGUGCAUGUUUACUGAUUAGCUCCUCCCAGCUGUUGCAGCAGGGCCAAACAUCAAUGGCGGUAGGUGCCCAUUGAGACUUUCAUCCACUGGGAAUUGUUGGUUUAGUGAAACACAUUAGCCCUGACUCAUCAGCCCUAUUGUCCAUCCAUCAUGACCAAUGAACAUAUGGAUGUCUCCGAGGGAACUUGGCUUACUUUUAGAGGAAUAGGUAAAUUAGCUAAGCUUUCAUAGACUGCGGUUCCAGUAACUUUUUGGUGCAGCUGUAUGUUAUUCUAUUUACCAUAGGUCUAGUUAAUGUUACUUUUAUCUUCUGUUACAUUAUAAAUAUGAAAUACAAAAAUGAAUGUGCAAUAUUUAUACUCCAACUUUAGGUUUUUAAAAAAGAGGAGAAAACCCCCAGCUCCUCUGGUGGGUAUUAAGGUUUAAACCUCCAAAUGAGUACAUAAUUGAAGGCCUGUUGGAAAAUAAUAUUACAGAAUUAACAAAGAUGGUAAAGAGACACUGAUGAGGAAGUUUGGCUUCUGUUGUGAACGAACUCUGAUGAAAGCAUGAAGUGAAAAUAAAAUGUUUUGCAUUGUUGAAUUAGCAUUAUGAAAUGUGCACAAUUGUACCAAAGCAACAGAACAAGAGAAAAUCACACUCGAGCAACUGCAGAAAUUCUUGAUGAUAACACUCCAGGUUCAAGCGGAUACAUAAGAAAAACUAAUUUCACCUUACUGAGUGCAAGUCUGUAUAUUUAGACUGCUUUAUGUGUAUGAUUACUGUAUGUACACUGUAUAUAAAAUCUACAGAACUACAUAGGUUUUCAGAUUGGUGGUGAUAUUUAUUGAAAGGCAGCAUUAUGAAUGACUUUCCUCCUUCAGUAUUUAUUUAUCCAUAGACUGAAGAUGGAAACGUGUUUGGUCGGAGGUCCCUUGUAGGGUGGACAUCUUGCUCCCACCUUUUCUGAAGGCAAACCCUGCUUUGCUUGUACUCACAAGAUGCACCGGAUUUAUAGAGGUGCAGCUUGUUGCCCUAACACCAUCUCCUAUCAGACAUCUACCAGCUUCAUCUUAUAAAAGUUUGACCAUAUUAACGGAGGAAUCCAUUCCUGCCUUCCUGCUUUUAUUGGAAAAAGACAUUUCCCCCUUGACGUUUCCAUGAAGCGUCAGUAGUUUUACUGUGCUGUUUGCUGCUUUUUCUGCAAGAGGCGGCUAGUUGCCCUCUCACGUAACAUGCGCUGUUUUCAGGGCUCUGUUGCUCCUUGCAUUUUGUUGAUAUCACAACUGAACUAAUAUAGUGAUGAGGCAAGAAGCAGCAAGAGGUGCAUCAAAGAAUUCAGACCACUCUUGUCUUCACUUGCUCUGUAAAUAGGUUGAGAGUGGAGGCGGUUCAAAGAUCAAAGCUAACUGUAAGCCACCUGUUAAAACAUUUAAUAAUCUUUCUCACUGAUCAGUUUUGAGGAUGUCCUCCUUAUUUUGUGGCCCUGCAAGCUGAGCUACUGCAAGUGUGUCCUUCCUUAUUUAUUUGUGAUUUGGCCUUGGAAAUCAUGUAAUGGAAAUAAACAAGAUUGUGUUGUUAA